UUGGGGCAAAGUCUUGGGCCUCACUCGUUUUCGCCCAUGAGCUGCGCCGUUGCUACAUGGUGUUUUUGAGUUUCAACUCUGCCAUCACUGCCCCUGACGAUGUAGAGCUGCACGAGGAUGGCGGAGUUUUGGAGGAACUGCCACUGCGACAUACCUGGGUCGUUUGGCAGCAGCUGGCCUCUUCCGGCAAGAGUGUGCCUUAUGACCAGUCGACCAAACAGCUGGCGGUGGUGCAGUCCGUUGAGGACUUUUGGCAAACCUGGGAAUGCCUUCCGCAGCCCAGCGACUUGCUGACCAGGAGGAUGGCCGAGAAAACUGCGGAGGAUUGCUACCACACGGUGGAUGCGUUGAUGAUCUUCCGCCAGGGGGUCUUGCCGCAGUGGGAGGAUGCUGCCAAUGCUGAUGGCGGCCAUUUGCAAUUUCACUUCAAGGCAUCUCUGGGAGGUGCACAGAUUGACGAGUACUGGAACAAUCUGGUGCUUGGAACCAUCGGCGGUACUUUGGAACCUGACUUGAUCACUGGCCUGCGGCUGGUGGACAAGGUCACGGGGCCCAAGGCUGGGGUGCCGAGCACGGUCCGCAUGGAGGUGUGGUUCGGCGCUGGUGACAAUGAGGUCGUGGCGGCCCUGCGGCGGAACGUGGAGCGCUGCCUUGCCACGCGGACUCUGGAGGGGCGCCUUGGGGUGGUGCCGAAGGCAGAGGUGAAGAGCCACAAGCUCACGCGCCACCAGUGAAGCA